UUGGCGGGGUCUACAAUGAGUUCGCUGUUUGCUGUGAUGCUGCUCAUACUUGGUUCAAGUUCGUCACAACUUGUUUACCGAGACUACGGACUUGGUGAAGCCCUCACUGGAGGCUUGAUAAAUGGUGCCCACAGUGGCGGACCCUUUGCCCAAGGUGGCACCAGAAGAAGAGGUCCAUUUGCCCAUGGAAAUCAUCAAGGUGGAUUGAUCUCUGGAGGAGCUAGUGGCGGUCCCUUUGGCAGUUAUCAAGGAGAAGACGACUUAAAAGCUAAACUCGCUGAUGGAGGAGCAGAUCUUCAACGGGAAAGUGGUCUGAUCAGUGGCAGUAAUACUGGAGGACCAUUUGUCUCUGGUAAUCAGCAAAAAGGAUUGAUUUCAGCAGGUACUAGUGGAGGUCCAUUCGCGAGUAAUCACGGCAAAGAUAGCUUGAAAGCUGAAGGUGGUCUGAUCAGUGGCAGUAAUAGUGGAGGUCCAUUUAUUACUAGUAACCAUCAAGGGAGACUCAUUACCGGUGGAAAUAUUGGAGGACCAUUUGGAAGAUACCAAGGAAAUCAAGGCUUGAUAGCUGAAACCGGCAAAGGAAGUCAAACUAAAAGUGGCCUGAUCAGUGGCAGUAAUACCGGAGGUCCAUUUGCUUCUGGUAACCAGCAAGAUGGAUUAAUUUCUGAAGGAAUAAGUGGCGGUCCAUUCGGAAGAUUUCACAGAAAAGACAGCUUGAUAGUAGAAUCCGGCAAAGGAGGACCCUUUCUUCAAAGUGGAAGUGUUCUCAUCAGUGGCAGUAAUACAGGAGGUCCUUUUAUAACUACUAAUCAAAAAGGAGGACUUAUUUCUGGCGGAACUACUGGAGGUCCCUUUGGUAGUGGAAUAGCUGAAACUGGUGGUCUCAUUAGUGGCAGUAAUACAGGAGGUCCUUUUAUAACUGGUAAUCGUAAAGGAGGACUCAUUUCUGGCGGAAAUACUGGAGGUCCUUUUGAAGUUUAUCAAGGAAACGAUGGCUUGAUAGUUGAAACCGGAAAUUAAAGGUGUUCUUUAGAGUAAAUAAGUUAAAGACGAGUAAAAGACUCGGAAACAUUUCAUCAAGAGACGAUAUAUGUAAACUUUAAGUCAUAUUAGAGAUCCCAUUAAAUGAUAUUAUUUAUAAAUAAUAAAUAUAUGAAUAUUAUCAUUUUACAGAGAUUUCAAGAGUUAAGAAUUAAAUUACAGUUAGCACAUUAAAUUAUAUUAAAAUAAAUCAUGGCUACGACAAACAUCAGAAGCUUAAGUAUACCAUUAAGUGCUCUCCACUUGAGGCUUAUAUGUGUGAGAUGCGUUUGUGUGGACUUAAAUAUAUAUUUUUUCCCUA